GUGCAACACCGUGUGUCUGGUCAGGUGAUGGCUCUGAAGAUGAACAUCCUGGCCAGUAACAGGGCCAACAUGCUCAGGGAGGUCCAGCUCAUGAAUCGACUAUCGCACCCUAACAUACUCAGGUUUAUAGGCGUGUGUGUCCAUGAGGGGCAGCUCCAUGCUCUCACAGAGUACCUGCACAGCAAGGGCAUCUUCCACAGAGACCUGACCUCCAAGAACUGCCUGGUGCGCUGGGAAGGUGCCGUGUGCUCGGCUGUGGUGGGAGACUUUGGCCUGGCAGAGAAAAUACCAGAUUACAGUGAGGAAGAAGGCCAGGAGCCUCUGGCUGUGGUUGGCUCCCCCUAUUGGAUGGCUCCAGAGGUGCUCAGAGGAGAGGUGUAUAAUGAGAAGGUGGACGUGUUUGCAUACGGUAUCAUCUUGUGUGAGAUCAUUGCGAGGAUACAGGCUGAUCCCGACAUCCUGCCACGCACUGAGGAUUUUGGUCUGGAUGUGGAGGCCUUUCGACAUAUGGUGGCAGACUGCCCAUCUCACUUCUUGAAUUUGGCUAUCGCCUGCUGUAAUAUGAACGCAAAGCUCCGUCCAUCUUUCUCCCAAAUCGUAGCAGAGCUGGAGAAGAAACAAGCUGAGAGAAAACAGAAGGCCGAACCAGCUGUCAAAGAAGCAACUUCUCCGCCUGUCAGCCCUGUGCGGAGGCGAUCCCUCGGCCUGCUGUUAGACCAGCGUCUCUCCCGCAGCAAAUCCGACAUGCUCCAUCCUUCAGAGACGCCGCCUACUGCUACCUUGGCUCCUCCUGCUCGGUUUAACCCCUUCUCCCAGAGGGAGGAUCUCAAAGGCGGGAAGAUCAAGCUGUUUGACACGCCCAGCAAGUCGGUCAUCUCCCUGACCUUCACGCUGCCUCCUCCACCAGACUGCGAUGACACCACUGCAUCUGAUGCGGAUGCUGUUGACAUGCCCAGGAGGCACAGGCGCUGCCACUCGCUGCCUUGCACGCCUCCUCCUCACCUCACGUCGGCACCGAACACCGUUCUCUCUGAGGAGUCUCCGUCUGAGACGGAAGUGAACGAGGCAACUGAAGAGGACGGUCUUCUAGAAGAGAAGGAUGCUUACAGGGCGAGUGAUUCAGGUCUCCCUCUGUCUCUCGAGGCGCUGUCGGUAAACAUGUUCGACCAUGAGAAGGAGGCGGAGCAGCAGCAGGAGGAGGAAGGGAGGGAGGAGGAGCCAAUGGACUGCACUAGUUCCCCAGACAUGCAAGACAGCACUUCAUCUCCUUACUCCAAACUUUCCUCUCCUCCUUCCCAUUUCUCAUCUCCCUUACAACCAUCCAGUCCUGCUUUGUCAAACGGCUGGGGGUCGGCCAUCUCUAACGGGCCUCCGUGCCUGCCGCCGCUCUCCAGUUUGGUCAACAACAAUGUGGUUGUGAGUCGACCACUGGGCUGGAGCACCGCCACCAACAGCACUCCCACAACCAACAACAACGGCUACCACUCCCCAACAGGAGACCCCGCGGGCUCUUCUCCCUUUGGCUCUGGCAGCGGACACUCUCUGGACCAGGAGGAGGUCAUCUCCUCAUGUCCUGGCUGCUGCCUGGCUGGCCUCCGGUUCCCCUCAGUGUGUCUGAGAGCUCCUCCACGGCGUAACCCUUACAAGAACUUGAACGGAGACCAUGCGGCCUCUCACGGGCUGCUUUGUUCAGGACCCAAGGGCCUGCCGCCCUCCCCCACACCCACAACUACGACCACCAGCCUGGAGCCAGGACUCGCCUUGCCUGGGGUGCAAACAUAAACCCUGAUUCUUCAACACCAAAUGCACACAGAGCAGACGUGCAAACUGCACCAAAAGGUCACAUUCUGGGGAAUUAAGCAGGUCCUCUUUAAAAUUUGCACAGAUUUUAACGCAGCAAUACUCUGCUUAUUUUCCAGACACACUUUUUGGUGCACAGGUGACUCUUAAGUGUUUGGGUCGCUUUACAGAGAGACUCCAAAACCGGCUGAUUUUCUCCAACAAAGCCGUGGGACGUAAAACUUUUCAGGCGACGCCCUCUGCUGGACUGAGGGCGGCACAGCCUGUGACGUCAGCCGUGCCUGUAUAGAUCUGAUCGGCAGCGUCCAGAACUGAUCAGCAUGUAAACACUCCAGUCUGGGAUCCACAUCAGUUGGAUGUUGAAUAUUUGUAUAGAUUGAUAUGUCAGAGGAUCCUGGAAUGAGGAAUGUUCAGCUUAGUAUUAUUGUUGUUGCAAUGAUGUUUGGUGCUGAAUGAACAGACAGUUUUGCUUUGUCUUUAAUUAUCAGGUGUAUGAUGCUCUGCUGAGGUGUGUUUGUGAAUUGAAUGCAGGUGUGUGUCUGAUGGAUUCAGAGUGUGUGUGUGUGUGUGUGUGUGUGUGUGUGCGUGUGUGUGAUGUACACCAUUCUUAAGACUAUUUUUGUUGCUGUAUGAUCUCUGUUGGUCCUUCUGAUUGCCUGGUUAAGCACUUCAGCUGUAUUAUUGUUAAUAAGGAAACUGUUUAUCAUUAUAUUUGGGAAUGAAGGUCUUUGACCUGCUUAAGAGAUGUACAGAUUCUUAUUAUUUAAACAUGGCAUUGAAUAAAAAGACAGAAUGCACUCAUGUC